AUGACUGCGGGUGAUAUAGAAAACAAUCCCAACGAAAAGGUUCUCCCGCCGGGGGUGUACCGAAGCAAAAUCCCUUAUUUCCGCAUGCUUAUUGAUCAAGGGGCCAUCACCCAGGAUGUCCUCCACUUUGACUAUCCCGGCUCAGGAACGGAGGAGGAUCCAUAUGUCGUGUCCUGGAUCUCAAACGACUCCCGCAACCCCCAACUCUUCAGUUUUGCCAGAAAAUUGACCAUUACUCUGGUCGUCGCGUUUUCAACUAUGGUUGUCGCCUUGACAUCGUCUACAUACAGCGGUAGUGUUGGGAGUAUAGUUGCAGCGUUCGACGUCAGCACGGAGGUAGCGACCCUGGGACUAUCACUGUUUGUCCUAGGUUUUGCAGUGGGUCCCUUACUGUGGGCGCCAAUUAGUGAGGUCAUCGGACGCCAGAGACCCUUCUUUGCCAGCUUCCUGGCCAUGGCUGCAUUUUCAGCUGGCUGUGCCGGCGCUCAGAAUAUCUGGUCACUAGUGAUCCUGCGCUUCUUCGCAGGCGCAUUUGGAUCUGCACCGUUGACCAAUGCUGGGGGCACGAUAUCUGAUAUGUUUACAGCCCGUCAGCGCGGUCUAGCGCUCAGUUUGUACGCCGCAGCCCCCUUCUUGGGGCCCGCCCUCGGUCCAAUCAUCGGUGGGUUCCUGAGCAUGAACGCUGGGUGGAGAUGGGUGGAGGGCCUUCUGGCCGCUUCUGGAGGACUCGUGUGGGUCAUGAUGGCGCUCGCAGUUCCGGAGACCUAUGCGCCUCUUCUAUUACGGCAACGCAAGGUCUACCGUAGCAAGAUUGAGCUCGACAAAGGCAAAGUGGCGCUCAAUACCUUGCUUAGAAGGUCCCUCUCCAGGCCAUUGGUACUACUUUUCACAGAGCCCAUUGUCCUCCUCUUUGCCGUCUACAUCGCUAUCAUCUACGGUACAUUAUAUAUGUUCUUCGCCGGAUUUCCCAUUGUAUAUGAGCAUGGUCGAGGAUGGAGCCCCGGAGUUGGAGGCCUAGCUUUCCUUGGUAUCAUGAUCGGCAUGCUAAUAGGCAUCAUCUUCACUCUUCCCGCCAACAUACACUUCAUAAAGAUCCAGGACCGACUCGGCGGCUUCGCACCCCCGGAAGCUCGACUUCUCCAGUGCAUGGUCGGGGCUAUAGCCAUCCCAAUUAGCCAGUUCUGGUUCGCCUGGACGGACUAUCCUUCGAUUCACUGGAUCGUCAGUAUCAUCGGCACGGCACCAUUCGGCUUUGGCGUCAUCCUCAUCUAUCUCGGUGUUAUGAACUACCUGAUCGACUCGUACACCAUAUACGCAGCGUCUGUGCUUGCUGCCAACACUAUCCUCCGAUCUAUAUUCGGCGCCGUCUUUCCCCUUAUUACGGGAUACAUCUAUGACGGCGUUGGCAUUCACUGGGGGCCAUCUAUUCCAGCAUUCCUAUCACUGCUGUGCAUGCCCGCUCCCUUUUUGUUUUACCGCUAUGGCGCCAAUAUCCGCCAGCGGUGCAAGUAUUCCGCUGAAUCAUUCCAUUACAUGCAAAAGCUACAAGAGAAUACGACAAACAGGGCCAACACAGAGACCAAGCAACCAGUCGUGCAGGCGAAUGAUAAUUCUUCAGAAACAAAAUAG